AUGGCCUACGGCGUACUCCUAGAUUGUCCAAAGCCGCGAAACAAAGAGGUCCAGCGUGAGGUCUACGACACCUCGCAGCGAUUCUACUGGGCUGCUCGGAGAGCUAUUGUGAUCGCCCCAACCUUCUAUGGCGAGUCUACAGACCUCGUCCGAGCUGGCGUUCUUGUAACCCGCUACCUGAUCUACACCCGCCGGGUGCCGGAAUCAUGGCUCACAACUAGCUUCGCGAUGCGCAUGGCUCAAGCCCAGGGGAUGCACAUUGAUGGUGAGAGAUGGAGGCUUCCUAGAAAAGAGACGGAGACUAGACGGCGGCUCUGGAGCAACCUGUACAUGCUUGACAAAACCAUCGCCCUGGCUCUUGGACGCCCUUUCGCUAUCGUCGACCAGCAGUGUCUGGUGAAGCAGGCCUCCAACUUGUGGCUAGAUGACCUCGAUGACGAGGAAGCGGCUGCUGUUCCCGAGGCCCCUCUUUCAGAACCAACUGCGAGUGUUUUCAGCCGCCUUGCUCAUGAACUCGCUGUCGUUGUCGGCAAGAUUCAGGAGCGGUGUUUUGGCCUGUUUACCGUGUCAUAUGAGACAGUCUUGACACUUGACAAGGAAAUCGAAACUUGGAGAGGCAGUUUACCACCAUAUUUUGAUCUCAAAGACCCCGACAGAAGCAAAGACGAGCGCUUGCCCUUCUUGCCCUGGCAAAGGCUUCAUCUGCAUAGCAUGUAUCACUUCGCCAGGGUUACCCUACAUCGCCCGUUUCUUCUCCGGCAGUCGAUCACGAAUAGAUACAAGCACAGUCACGAUGUGUGUAUUGCGUCCGCUUGUGCAGACCUUGACAUGGGCCUCAAGCUAUUCAGCCAACCUCUCAACGACCGCUUAAAGUGGAGCCUCGGCCCGCAUAACCUCUUCAACAGCGCUUUGGUUCUGGGCAUCAUUGCCGUCCGAGAUCCUCAUUCACGAAGAUCGCAGGCCAUUCUAGAGGACUUGGCGGCAUACUGCGAGAUGCAGAGAAACGAUGUAUGGCUUAAUGAGUUUGCCAUGGCCGAGGUCAAGAUCGUCGAAUUAUGCGUUAAGAAAGCUCGGCAGUCACAGCCACCGCCAGCAAGCACGUUGGUACCUCUUGCUCUGGCAUCCGCGUCUCCUAGCAGACGUUCCUCACAACCAGUUGGGCAAAGUCACAUGAUGCCUACGCAGCCACAACUGCCGGUUGAAAGUCCUGACUUUGAUCCUCUGAUGGCCGGGCUGGGGCUUCCGUACAGCACAACGAGUGCACAGAUGACUUGGGAUGACCCAGGGUUCUUUCUGCCCGAAAGUGGGGACUUGUCGCAAUGGGAGCAUGUUCUCAACACUAUUAUGCAUGACCAAACUAGCAUUUGA